CUGUUGAUCUGUUCGUAACCUAAUGAUCUCAGGACGUCCACGGCUACAACACAUGCCGCUCAACUGUUGAAACUUAUUCGUAAAACUUUAGCCCCCUUUAUAGUAUUUUCGCGUCAGUAUAAUGACUCAAGUGCAGUGCUAUAAUAAGGGAUGCGGCCAGAAAUUCAAUCCCGAAGACAAUCCCUCGGAAGGCUGCACAUAUCACCCUGGGGAACCCAUAUUUCAUGAUGCAUACAAAGGCUGGUCUUGCUGUAACAAGCGAAGCACAGAUUUUACAACAUUUCUCAAUAUGAAAGGCUGCACGAAAGGACCACACAACCCCAACAAACCUGUCGAACCAGAGAAGCCUAAAGUAGAUCCUUCCACUCGAGAUGAAGUCAUUACAGUCGAGGCCAAGUUGCCCACCAUGCUUCCCAGACCGUCUUACGACACUCCCAUGAAAAGGCUCCAGGUCACCAUUGCUCCAUCUUUAAAACAGGCUAUAGAGAAGAAGAAGAAAGAAGAAGUUAGCAGUGCUGCAGAGAACAAGGAAGAUGUUUUGGGUGCCAUCAAGGUUGGGGAAAACUGUAAAAACAAUGGCUGUAAAGCUGUCUAUGAAGGUGAACACAGCAAUUUAGAAAUGUGCCAGUCACACCCUGGCAUUCCAAUUUUCCAUGAAGGGAUGAAGUUUUGGAGUUGCUGUAACAAGAGAACAACGGAUUUCCAGGAAUUUCUAGAGCAAGUUGGGUGUUCUACUGGCUACCAUUGCUGGCAUAAAUUGGAGGGAGCCAAGGAAACAGCGUGCAGAUACGACUGGCAUCAAACAGGAUCUCACGUGUGCGUUUCUAUCUACGCAAAAUUGAGUGAUAGUGCAAGUUCAUUUGUCGAUGCCAAUCCAAUACGCUUAAAUGCUAACAUAGUAUUUGGAGAUGCACAAAUUUUUAAGUUGGAUAUAGAAUUAACUGGGCUGAUUGAUGUAGAACAAAGCACAGUAACACUUGCAGCAUCGAAGGUAGAGGUAAAACUGAAGAAAGCGGAGCCCAAGAGUUGGAAGACCCUAAACAUUGAACGUAAUAGUGACACUUGCGACACUAAGCCCAAUAAAACAGACGAUGAAAAAGCGGCAGAGGAGGAGCUAGAAAGUAAGGUAGAUGUGAUAGACUUGAGCGACAUUUGAGAUUGUGAAAAAGUUAGUAUGAAGCAAUCCUCUCUUUUUAGUGGUGAUGUUAUGACAGUUACAGUUUCCUUUGUAAUCAAAAACAUGUAUUUAGAUUUUAAAAGGAUCAUAGAUGGUGAUCCAUCUUGUGAACUGGGUUUCAUUGUUCAUUGAGAAUUGGAGGCUAUGCAUAAAAACAUUUUAAAUAAGGAACUGUAAAGAAAUACUUUUGAUUUAUUUCCAAAGGUCUGGGAGAAUAUUUAUCUAGUAUUGUUAAUACCAUACAAUAUGCCUUAAUUUAUAUUUUAUGAAACCUGUUAUUAUCAUUACAAUGACUGGAAUGCACAACAUACCCAGUAAUGGCUACAUUAUUGUGUACUUCAGUCCACUUUAUCAAAUUGGUCUUUUUUAAUGUGAGAACUAGUUUUGGUUUUUUCUUGUGACCCUAUAAGGAAAUUUUAUGUUUUUAUUUUCUAGUCUGUGGCACACAGCAGGCCUUUGCUUCCCUCCUUACCUGUAGUUUUUGUGGAGAACAUGGAUUGUAAGUCCACCUACUUUGACCUUUUAUAUUAUUUUAUA